AUGGGCGAGCGGAAUCCACUGCUAAAGAUUUUGAAAGACAGUGGAAAUUCUGAGACUCUUCUGGACCCUGAAUACUUCAGCGAAGAAAAGAAGGUUAUUGUUUUGGACGAAAAAUAUGAAAAUAUUACGGAGAAGAUGGAAGACUACCAUAAACAAUUUUUAAACGACUGGCACGAAAUGACGGAGUAUUUUCAACAGACGGAGGAGUUAAUUUCAAUCGAGGAAUUCAUGAAACGAACGGACUCUUCGCCCGAGAAAAUUCCACGAGAUAUCUACGAGGCGCUCCACUAUAUCCACGGGUACUCGCAAAUCUGUGCCAGCGAGCCUGCGUCGUGUUCCAUCGGAGAUGCCGACGAGAAACAGAUGGAAGACAGAUUUGGAGAAACACCAAUAGUUCUGGGUUCAUCCACUUAG